GGGGGGAGGCGGAGGAAUUGCGAACGAAGCUGCAGGAGGACCUUUGUCAGCUGAAGCUACUGCAUCAGGUAAUGCUCCAGCUCCAUCGCAAUGACUUCAAGCCUGAAUGUGCAUUGGCCACCCCAAAAAGAGGGCCUUCUGGAACGACGCUUCGCAGAGUGAGCGAGUCGGAACUGUGGAAGAUGCUGGGUCAGGCAGGGUGGCAGAGGUUGGUGAACCUGGAGUUGCGACUAACCUGCGGAGUCCUUGAUAGCUCUGAGAAUGCCUCGACGCCUGACGCGACGCAGGACGGAUGGCAGGGCCUUUCGGAUCCCUUGGUUUUUGAUGCUCCGCGUGAUCUCAAGCUACCAUACGCCUGCAGAGAAGAGCUUCUUCCCAAGGCCACCAGCUCUGCCAGCUUUCAGACAGCGACUGUGCUGUGUGACCCGCUGGCCGCACAGUUUGGGCCCUCAAUGCUGGGCGAUGAGCGGUCUUUCCAAGAAGCCUUCAGCAAGGGUAAUUGCUUCAGCCAGCUGGGUGCAAAUGCUUUGGAGCCAGGGAGUAUUCCAAGUGAAUGUUGGAGGUCCAUUCCUGCUUGGAUGAGGUGUUCUAUGGUUGUUGUCUCGACAGGCCCAGGUGGCAGUGGAGUAGCCUUCCACAAACAUGGAACUGCCUGGUUGGCCCUCCAGCAAGGUCGAAAGCGCUGGUGGCUGUACCCACCACAAGGUCCGCCAAAGGAGGCAUACGAUGCAGUGGCUCUGUGCCCUGCAUCGCAGUUACCAGAAGUGAUUUCACAUUUGUCACCCAAGCAUCGGCCAAUAGAAAUCCUUCAGCAGCCGGGCGAUGUGGUUUUUGUGCCCGCUCUAUGGUGGCAUGCAACCUACGAUGAAGAGCCAACGCUCGGAAUUGGCUCUCAGUUCAGCAUGGCAGAGGUGGACAUACUGCAGUGCCAAGAGAAGCAUCCCGACAGCGCUUUUGCACAAUACCACGCAGCCUGCGAACUUCACAAGACACAAGAAAGUAAGGCCAGACUUUUGUUUGAAGCUGCCAUUGAGAGUGAGCCAUUGAACUUCUACUUUGCGACCAACCAGGUCCUGUUUUAUUUGAACAUGGUGCUCCACCCCAGACCAACCUUAGAAAUCAUAACCAGACUGAUGACAAAGAUUCAGCAGCUGGAUGCCCGUCGGCAGAUGAUUGUGCAGCGCUUCUUCAUUCCAACUGUUUGCAAUUUUGUGGAGUGGCACUUGCCACAUGAUCGGCUUCUGAAGUAUUCAGCAGAGGCAACAAACUGUGCUUGGGGCGCACUAUUGAAGCUGCUGCAGCCAAUGCUGCCUGGAGGGAAGGAUUUCCGCUUGGGCAGCAGCUUGCCAUGGCCAGUCUUGGGGAUGCUGGAGUACACGUCCAAGUGUUUCCACUGCAAUGCCACGGAGCGUGGGAAGGCUGGAGAGCCAGGGAGUGUGCGGGCGCACCGCUUCUUCUGCUUUCAUUGCGCCAAGGUGCGUGACGCGGCUCGAUGCCGCUGUGGGAGCACUGGUCCAGGACAGCUUGGCAUGCUCGCUGGGCGCGCCCAGUGGUAUUGUGCAAGAUGCUGGGCUGAGGGGAAGCCGGCAAAGCAACUUUCACAUCUUUCGGACUCCCACGUUCGGUGGGAACUUGUAGAUUAGCAUUCUAGUCCGAUGUCCACCGCGAGCGAAAAGACAGUGACUCAGCGAGAAGUGUUCUGGGCUGCACCCAGGGA